CUUGUGCUGAUGCCGAGGAGAUCUAGUCAGUACUGGUAAAAGUAUUCUGCGUCUCCCAUAUUCUUUCAUGUCGUCGCAUCUCUAAUAUUCGCACCCUGCUGCCACUGCGUGUUAUGGCCUCGGCGGACGCCACUAAUAAGACCGAAAGGACCCCGCUUCUAUUCUCCUCAAAUACUACUUCGUCGGCUAGCAGUAUCAGUAUACCAUCCAGCGACAUUUCCGACGAUGCAUCACAUUUUCGACCAAGCUCAGUGCAUUCCAAAACCGCACUCGACGAAGAGGCAAGACUCGACUCAACAUCCAGUACGACGCCAAGCACAGCGACGGUGUCAGUGGGUCGUAUAGUAUGCGUUCUCCUCGUAGGCACUUUUAUAUCCAACGCGGAUAGCUCUCUUUUACUCGCGACGCAUCCCAUCAUCGCUUCCGAGUUCAACGCACUCCACGACUCGAGUUGGCUCUUGACCAGUUUCGCCCUCGCGCAAGCAUCAACGCAGCCAUUGUACGGGAAGCUGAGUGACAUAUAUGGCCGCAAAUCUAUGCUACUGCUAGCGUACGCGCUGUUUGCGUUCGGGUGCGGUCUGGUGGGCAUAGGGGGUUCCAUGUCGACUCUGAUUCUGGGUCGUGUCAUAUCAGGAGCGGGCUCAAGUGGCAUGACGGCCCUAGUCUCUGUCCUCAUCACCGACCUGGCCCCUCUGCGGGAUGUGGCAAGCUGGCGCGCAUAUAUCAACGUUGUUGCGACAACGGGUCGUAGUAUUGGAGGACCCCUAGGCGGUUGGCUCGCUGAUUCUGUGGGUUGGCGAUGGUCUUUUCUGGGCCAGGUCCCGCUUGCUGGAAUAGCCAUCCUUUUGGUUGCAAUCACUCUUCCCCCUCGCCCCCAUCAUCAUCUGGAUGACGGCUCAGCAAGGAGUAAACUGGCGAGAAUCGACUUCAUUGGUGCUAUUCUGAUGACAUUGAGUAUUCUGGCCCUGCUUAUUCCUCUUGAAGUCGGCGGUGAUCGUGUUCCAUGGUCUUCUCCCAUCAUCAUGGUCUUGCUUAUUGGAUCCGCUGUGUUUGGUGCACUCUUCUUGGCGACAGAAGCCUGGAUAGCCAAGGAGCCGAUGCUUCCACUUUCACUAUUACGCCAGCGAGAUGUAGUAGUCUCGUUUUUCGUCAUGUUUUUCCAAUCUGCGGCGCAAACCGGACUCAUGUUUGCCGUUCCACUGUAUUUCCAGGUAACGGCAGGCGCAUCAAACACUGUCGCUGGAGCGCAUCUUGUCCCUGCAGUGGUAGGCAACGCCGUAGGAGGUAUGCUGUCCGGAACCAUUAUCCACCGCACAGGCCGCUACAAAGCCCUCAUCCUUGUGGCCACGAUUGUAGCAGCCACUGGAUACCUUUUACUGAUUCUCCGCUGGCAUGGCCACACCAACUGGUUCGAAUCCCUCUACAUCUUCCCUGGUGGCUUCGGCAUGGGCAUCGUGCUAUCGGCGCUCUUCAUCAGCGUCCAAGUAUCCAUACCCCCGGCUUUCAUUGCUAUUGCGACUUCAACGCUCUAUCUUACAUCUUCCGUUGGUUUCUUGGCAGGCAUGGCAGGCGUGAGUGCUGUGCUUCAAGAAGCAUUGAGCAGGGGCCUCGAUCAUCGGCUUGUCAAAUUGGGGUUCUCCGAUCACAAGAGGUGGAAAAUUAUUGAACGCGCAGUGUCAGACGUGCACUAUGCCGACAAAGCGACGCCGUUGAUCGGAAAAGCGGUUAUAGGAUCCUAUGUCGAGGCAUUGACUUGGACACACGUCGUCUCUCUAGCAUGCUCUAUUACUGCAUUCGUUGGUAGUCUUUUCCUACGACAACAUAAAUUAUAGGGUUAUCAAUGUAAAUGGCUUAGGCAGAGGGCAACGCAAAUACAAAUCUUGUGCAAACCAUUGCGGUUCACUUCAACUUGUUCGACCCAACGGCCAAAGCCUUGUACACCCAUCUGUAGUUGAAAACCC